AUUGAAUGAUACCUUAUUCUUUUUCAGCAAGGGCAUUAUCGUAAAAACAGAUACUAAAACCCAGUUUUAAACCCUAGGAAAACCCUUUCACUAUCCUUCCAAGUUCCGAAGUCCUGUCUGUUUAUCACCCUCAACGCGGUCAACGCAACGCAACCGGAAUGGGGAAGAAGAAGCAGAAGGAGAAGAUAGUUCUUCCACCGGAGCUCCCGCCGGAGAUUCCCGACGACGAGGUCGAGGUCUCCGAUGAGGACCUCCAGUUCGUCAAUGAGAAUCGCGGUUACGCUUCCUUAUUCUCCACCCUUGACACGCAAUCAAUCACCAAGCAUGUUACUCGAGUUGCUGAUGCUAAAGAUGAUGCUUUGGAGAAACUUUAUGAGAAAAAGCUGCGAAAGAAUGCUCUCAAGAAGGAAAAAGAAGAAACAGGAAUACAGGUUGACCGAGUUGAUGUUCUUCCAAUCAAGUCUUUGGAUGGACAACUCCAUUACCGGACAGCUACAAAGGCAGAAUCACAAAAUGGUCCAAGUGAAGAGGAAACGGGAGAGGAUGUAAAUGAUAGAAAAAGUCUGGUGAAGCUAACUAAGGCUGAAAAGAGAGCCAAACUUAAGAAGUUGAGGAAGGAGGGGAAAAAGGCUGAGGUAAAAGAAGAUCUUACAACUGAGGAGGCUUUUGAAUCUAAGAAGUGUAAACUUGCAGAGUUGGGAAAUGCAUUACUUACAGACCCUGAGUCCAAUAUUAAAUUUCUGAAGGAUAUGCUACAGAUAUCUAAAGACAAUGAUCCUACCAUUGUUAAACUUGGACUUCUGUCACUCUUGGCUGUAUUUAAAGAUAUUGUCCCUGGCUAUCGAAUAAGGCUUCCUACUGAGAAAGAACUGGAAAUGAAGGUUUCAAAGACUGUGAGAAAGAUGCGUUACUAUGAAUCAACUCUACUUUCGGCAUACAAGGCAUACCUGCAAAGGCUGAUGUACUUAGAAAAGAAGCCCUUAUUUCAACUUGUAGCAGUACGUUGUAUUUGUACAUUGCUCGACAUACAUCCUCAUUUCAACUUCAGGGAAAACCUGUUGGAUGCUACUGUCAGAAACAUAAGCUCUACUAAUGAGGCCAUAAGGAAACUUUGUUGUUCUACAGUUAAAUCAUUGUUUACAAAUGAGGGUAAACAUGGUGGUGAGGCUACUGUAGAGGCUGUUCGAUUGAUUGCCGAUCUUGUCAAGGCUAAUAAUUGUCAGUUGCAUCCUGAUUCCGUUGAGGUGUUUUUGUCUCUUUCAUUUGAUGAGGAUCUUGGGAAGUCUGAGAAGAAAGAAGAGGAUCAUAAAUUUAAAAACAAGAAAAAUAAGAAGAGAAAAAACAUGGAGGCAUCAAAUCAGUUGCCAGAUAAUGAUAGAAAGAGAAGUAAGCAUGAAAUGAUCUCUAAGACAAAAGAGGAGGUUGAAGCUGAGUACAAGGCUGCAUCGUUUGCUCCAGAUGUUAUGGAGAGGAGACAAAUGCAAUCUGAAACACUCUCUGCCGUGUUUGAGACGUAUUUUCGCAUUUUGAAGCACACAAUGCAUUUCAUAGCAACCAGGCCUGAAGUAAAUACUGGGGCAUCAUCUGCAGUGGAAUCCCACCCAUUGUUUGCUCCUUGUCUCAAAGGACUGGGAAAGUUUUCACAUUUGAUUGACCUCGACUUCAUGGGGGACCUAAUGAACCAUCUCAAAGUACUUGCUUCUGAUGGUAGUAACUCUGGCAACAGUUCUGAGAAGUGUCCUAAAUUUUUGACUGUGACUGAACGUCUCCAAUGUUGCAUUGUUGCUUUUAAAGUGAUGAGGAAUAAUCUUGAUGCUCUGAUUGUUGAUUUGCAAGACUUCUUCGUCCAUCUUUACAGUCUUAUACUUGAAUACAGGCCUGGAAGAGAUCAAGGAGAGGUGUUAGCAGAAGCUUUGAAGAUAAUGUUGUGUGAAGAUAAGCAACAUGACAUGCAAAAGACUGCUGCAUUCAUAAAGCGUUUGGCUACAUUGUCGCUGUGCUUUGGAUCUGCGGAGUCCAUGGCUGCAUUGGUCACAGUAAGGCAUCUCCUUCAAAAGAAUGUGAAGUGCAGAAAUCUGUUGGAAAAUGACACUGGAGGGGGCUCAGUUUCCGGAACAAUCCCAAAAUAUCAACCAUAUUCCACGGAUCCCAAUUUAAGUGGAGCUCUUGCUUCUGUGCUUUGGGAACUCAAUCUUUUGUCCAAGCAUUAUCAUCCUUCUAUAUCAACAAUGGCCUCUGGUAUAUCAAGCAUGAGUGUUGCACAGAAUCAAGUCAUUCUCUCAAAAACCUCUCCUACACAAGCUUUAAUGGAAAUGUCUCUUGAUCAGGAAUUAACUUUCCCGCAACAUAGUGGCACUAUAAAAUUGAAUAACAAGAAGAGAAGAACAAAUGGUCCUGCAACAUCACCCUCCAUUGGUUCUGCAUCAGUCACUUCAAGUUCAUUCAAUGAGGAUGAGUUGCAUGAGAAACUUGGUUCCCAUUUUACGCUUCUUCGCGACAUUAGGGAGAAUGAAAGGUUGAGAAAGGAGUUGGAUAAGACUACACUAUCACUACAGCUAUAUGAACAAUAUAAGAAACAAAAGCAAAGAUCAAAACCAAAGAAGAAAGCCAUUGCUUAAUAGAUGUAUAUGGCUUAUAGAUAACAUGAAAUUUUGUAGUUUUAUUUUCGUUGUUUCCGUAUUUGUGAAAACCAGACCAUUUAUCAAUCAGGUAAGAGGACUAGGAGCCAUGGUCACCAGUUUUGUGCCGGUUUGGUGUACCUGCUGAUAAAGUGUAAAAUUAUAUUUUGAUUAAAAGAGAGUGAUAUUAAUUUUACAGAA